ACCGUGAUAUAAUGAUGAUGGGUGUCACAACCCGCAUUUGAACUUGCAGGCGAGCUGCCCCGAGCCUUUCUGGGGGAGAAUUCCAGGCGCGCGGGUGCAGCAGCCGCGAACGUUAGGUGUUGUGGACGGAGCUGGGAUCCGGAUCUGCGGCCAGCCCCGCAUCCUCCAGCGCGGUCCCGCACCCUCCGCACCCUUCCCCAGGCCACCGCGCUCCCUAUGUGACCCGCCUGGGCAACGCCGAGCCCAUUCGCGCAGCGCUGCGGUGAAUUAUUUUCCCCAAACUGCAAUAAGCCGCCUUUCAAGGACAAGAUGUUGAUAAAUAUAAAGAGCAUCUUAUGGAUGUGCUCAACCUUAAUAGCAACCCAUGCACUACAAAAAGGCAACAUGGAAAAAAGCCCACCUAUUCGGGGUGUCCUCUCUGGAAAAGUCAGCCUGCCUUGUCAUUUUUCAACCUUGCCUACUUUGCCACCCAGCUCCAACACCAGCGAAUUUCUCCGAAUCAAGUGGUCUAAGAUGGAAGUGGACAAAAGUGGGAAAGAUUUAAAGGAGACGACUGUCCUUGUGGCCCAAAAUGGGAAUAUCAAGAUUGGUCAGGGCUACAAAGGGAGGGUGUCGGUGCCCACACACCCCGAGGACGUCGGUGAUGCCUCCCUCACCAUGGUCAAACUGCGUGCCAGUGACGCAGGCCUGUACCGCUGCGAUGUCAUGUAUGGGAUCGAAGACACGCAAGAUUCCGUGUCACUGACCAUGGAUGGGGUUGUGUUUCACUACAGGGCGGCCACCAGCAGGUACACCCUGAAUUUUGAGGCGGCUCAGAAGGCUUGUUUGGACAUCGGGGCAGUGAUAGCCACCCCAGAGCAGCUCUUAGCCGCCUAUGAAGAUGGCUUUGAGCAGUGUGACGCAGGCUGGCUAUCUGAUCAGACCGUUAGGUAUCCCAUCCGGACUCCCAGAGAAGGCUGUUAUGGAGAUAUGAUGGGGAAGGAAGGAGUCAGGACCUACGGGUUCCGCUCUCCUCAGGAAACGUACGAUGUGUAUUGCUACGUGGAUCAUCUGGAUGGUGAUGUGUUCCACAUCACUGCUCCCAACAAAUUCACCUUUGAGGAGGCUAAAGAAGAGUGUGAACAAAGGGAUGCCAGGCUGGCGACGGUGGGGGAGCUCCAGGCGGCGUGGAGGAAUGGCUUCGACCAGUGUGAUUACGGGUGGUUAUCGGACGCCAGCGUGCGCCACCCUGUGACUGUGGCCAGGGCCCAGUGUGGAGGUGGUCUACUUGGGGUGAGAACCCUGUAUCGUUUUGAGAACCAGACAGGCUUCCCUCCCCCUGAUAGCAGAUUUGAUGCCUACUGCUUUGAACCUAAAAAGAAUGUAUCAGAGGCUACAACCAUCGAACUGAAUAUCCUCGCAGAAACUGAAUCACACAGGUUGUCCAAAGAACCACAAAUGGUACACAGUAGAACUACACCAAUCAUUCCUUUAGUCAACGAAUUACCUGUUAUUACUACAAAGUUCCCCCCUGUGGGAAAUAUAGUAAAUUUUGAACAGAAAGCCACAGUCCAACUUCAGGCUAUCCCAGACAGAUUAGUCACUGAAUUGCCCACACCUGCUGGGAGUACCAACCAACCUUGGGAUAUGGAUGACUACUCACCUUCUGCUUCAGGACCAUUUGGAAAGCCAGAAAUGACAGAAAUUAAGGAAGAAGAGCUCCAAAGUACAGCAGUAAUCUCCCAUCAUGCUACUGAGUCAUGGGAUGGUGUCACAGGGGAAAUGCAAACCCAACAAUCAUUUACCCAGAUUGAACAAAUAGAAGUGGGUCCCUUGGUAACAUCUAUGGAAAUCUCAAAGCAUCCUCCUUCCAAGGUAUUUUCUGUAACUGAAACACCAUUUGUAUCUACAAGAAUGACCCUAGAAUCCAAAGUUGAAAAGAAAACUGUAAGCACUAUUUCUGAAUUGGUGAGUACAAGUCCUUAUGGAUUCACCUUGGGAAAAGAUGAUGAUGAUGAUGAUGGAAUGCUUACAGUUGGAUCUGGUCAGAGCACCUUGGUCUUUAGCAAAAUACCUGAAGUCAUUACAGUGUCAAAGACUUCAGAAGACACAACAGAGGCUCUACUAGGGGACUCAGAGUCAGUCUCAGCAUCCACCACUGUUUCACCUUUAACCAUGUCUGACAAUGGAUCAUCCCUGGACACCUGGGAAGAGAGACAAACCAAUGGUAGGAUAACUGAAGAUAUUUUUGGCCAAUAUCUGUCUAGUACUCCUUUUCCUUCACGGCUUCAUACAGAAGUAGAAUUAUUUCCUUAUUUUGGUGAUAAAAUAUUAGGAGAGGGAUUAUCCACAGUUAUUUAUCCCUCUCCACAAACAGAAAUGACACUAGGAAGAGAAAAAACAAAAACUCUAAUGCCAGAAAUGAGAACAGAUACUGACACAGAGGAUGAAAGACAAGAAAAGAUCACUAAAGAUCCGUUUAUGGGAAAAACAGAAAAAGAAGAAGACUUCUCAGGAAUGACGCUUUCCACAUUGUCCUUAGAGCAAAUUCAUGUUACAGAGCCUUCUGUGGAAAUGACAACUCCAUUUGGGUUAGAAACAGACAGGUAUCAAGACACUACCAAGUAUGAUGACAGUAUUACAGCAGUGCAUGUGACCCACAGUACUUUAGAUGAUGAGGUGGUCACUAUAUCAAAAUGGUCACUGGGUGAAGAUAACGUAACAUCAAAACCUUUAGAGUCCACAGAACAUCCAGGCUCUCCAAAAUGGCCCCCUGCUUUUCUCCCCACUAUGGGGGUAAGUGGGGAGGAUAAAGAAGUACUAAGCUUCACUAAAGAUGCAGGAGAUGAAUUUACUCUUGUUCCAGAUAGUACUCAAAAGAAGUUGGAAGAGAUUACUGGGGAAGACUUAAUAGAUCAUGGGAAAUUCACAAUUAGAUUUCAGCCAACUACAUUAGUUGGGAUUGCAGAAAAGUCAACUUUGAGAUAUUUGGCAACUGAAGAAAGUGUUCCACCUGUCUCAACCACAGAAGGCCAAGUUGUUUAUGCAACUGUGGAAGGAAGUGCUUUGGAUGAAGGACAAGAUGUGGAUGUCUCUAAGCCAGUAUCUAUAAUUCCCCAGUUUGCACACACUUCAGAGGUGGAGGGAUUGGCAUUUGUUAAUUAUAGUAGCACCCAGGAGCCUACUACUUAUGCAGAAUCUUCCCAUACCAUUCCUCUUUCUGUAAUUCCCAAGACAGGAUGGGAAGUGUCAGUGCCUUCUGUUCCAUCAGAAGGUGAAGUUCUAGGUGAACCCUCUCAAGACAUACGUGUCAUUGAUCAAACUCGCCUUGAUGCAACUACUUCUCAUCGCACUGUUAUAACAACAACAGAACCUACACAGGAAAUAUUCCCUUGGAAAGAACAGACUGCAGAGAAACCAGUUCUCACCCUCAGUUCUACGGCUGGCAUGCCCAAGGAGGCAACAACACCAUCGGAUGAACAAGAAGGUGAUGGAUCAGCAUAUACAGUCUCUGAAGAUAAGUUGAUGACAGUUUCUGAGAAAGUCCCAGUUUUAGAAACAACCCCUGUUGGAAAAAUUGAGCACAGUGUGUCGUAUCCGGCUGGUGCUGUAACUGAGCACAAAGCAAAAACAGAUGAAGUAGUAACACUAACACCAAAAGGGGUUGAUGAAAGAUAUGAAACAGAAAGCAGUAGUCUCACAGAAUUUAUGACACCUUUGAGUCCUACCCAGCUUAUGGAGGAAACCACUCCCGAGGAGGGAGAGAAAACAUCUCCAGAGUAUAUUGACUUAGGCUCAGGAUUAUUUGAAAAGCCCCAGGCCACGGAACUCCCUAAAUUUUCAACAAUUAAAGCCACAGGUCCAAGUGAUACCACCGCUGUCUUCGAUUCAGUAGAUAAACUUCACACAACUUUGGGGUUCAAGCCUUCUUCAGCAUCUACAGAGAAACCACCUCUCAUCGUUAGAGAACCCAGUGAAGAGACAACCAGGGACAUGGUCAUCAUUGGAGAAUCAUCAUCUCGUGUUCCUCCCACUGCCCUGGACGAUAUUGUAGCUAAGGAAACGGAAACCGAUAUUGAUAGAGAAUAUUUCACAACUUCACGUACUUCUGCUACCCAGCCAACAAGACCACCUACCGGGGAAAGCAAAGAGCCUUUGGGACCUCAGGCCCUCUCCACUCCACAGCCCCCAGCAGGAACCAAAUUCCACCCAGACAUAAAUGUUUAUAUUAUUGGGGUCAGAGAAAACAAGACAGAUCGAAUGAGUGAUUUGAGUGUAAUUGGUCAUCCAAUAGAUUCAGAAUCUAAAGAAGAACCUUGUAGUGAAGAAACAGACCCAGAGCACGAUCUCCUCGCUGGAUUAUUACCCGAGAUAAUUGAAAUAGAUAUAUACCACAGUGAAGAGGAUGAAGAAGAUGAAGAGUGUGCAAAUGCUACUGACGUAACGACCACUCCCUCUGUGCAGUACAUCAAUGGGAAACAUCUCGUUACCACUGUGCCCAAGGACCCAGAAGCUGCAGAAGCUAGACGUGGCCAGUUUGAAAGUGUUGCACCUUCUCAAAAUUUCUCAGACAGCUCUGAAAGUGACGCUCAUCAGUUUAUCAUAGCUGAAUCAGAAUUGUCUACUGCUAUGCAACCUAAUGAAUCAACUGAAUCUUUUGAAAUGACAUGGAAGCCUGAGACUUACCCUGAAACAUCAGAACAUUUUUCAGGUGGUGAGCCUGAUGUUUUCCCUACAGCCCCAUUUCAUGAAGCAGAAGUGACAGAGAGGAUAGAAUCAGCCACAGAGAGAAGUCCUGAACUUGGUAAUCAGGUGCAUGAACACAGUGAGCGUAUCCCUCUGUUUCCUGAAGAGUCUUCAGGAGAAGCUGCCAUUGACCAAGAGUCUCAGAAAAUAGUAUUUUCAAGGGCCACGGAUGUAACAUUUGGUGAAGAGGAAGAAAAAAGUACUUCCAUCCCAUAUUCUCGCACUAUAGUUGCAAGUUCUGCGUCAGCACCUGUUUCAGAAGAAGGAUCAAUUAUGCCAAUAGGAAAUUUGCAGCCUAGAGACCCAUUGUCUACUCUAGAAAGCUGGGUAGAAACAACCCCCAAACAAACCAUGGAGCUCUCAGGGGGUGCUUCAACUCCAAUUUCCGAAGGCUCUGGAGACGUAGAAGAAUAUAAAGAUAAAAUGUUCACUCUGGUAACAGAUUUAUCACAGAAAAAUACCCCAGAUACUGUUGUUACUUUAGACACCAGCAAGGGGGUUAUCACAGAAAGCCUUUUUCUGCUUCCUGUGACCACCACAUAUUCAGUUUCUGACCAACCUCCUGCAGACAUGGUGCUGACCAAAUCUGUAAGCAAAUCAGACCUUCCUGAGUGGGUUUUCAGUACAUCUUUUGAGGAAAAGCAAAGGAAUGAGGAGGAGGAAAGAGCUACAGGCACAGAUUCCACUGUAGAGAUUCAUUCACCAACACAGAGACCAGAUCAAUUUGUUUUACCCUCGGAAUUGCAAAGUUUGAAUGUGGCUACAUCCAGUGAUUCAGCUGCCAGGAAGACUUUUAUGUCCUUGACAACACCUACACAGUCUGAAAGAGAAAUGACAAGUUCCACCCUUGUCUUUACAGAGAGAAAUAGUCUAGAAAAUGUGGGGGCGCAGACCACCGAGCACAGCAGUCAACCUGAGGUUCAGGAAGGGCUGAUCACUCUCCCAGGCAGCCCUGUCUCUCUCUUUGUGGAGCAGGGCUCUGGAGAAACUGCUGCCAAUCCAGAAACCACCACUCUUUCUUCAUUUUCAUUACAUGGAGAGUCUGAAAUUCCAACCAAAAAGGAAACAGCUGUCACUGUGUCUCCCCAUGUGGAAAUGACUUUCUUCUCUGAGCCAACAGGACUAGUUCUGAGUACUGGAGAUGGAGAAGUUGAUGAAAGUAUAAGUCAAGCAUCCAAGGAAAACUUGACUUUAGAAUUAUUAGGAGAACCAUACCAUGGGGCAGAAAUAAGGGGCUUUUCUACAGCUUUUCCUCUGGAGGAAGAUUUCAGUGGUGACUUUAAAGAAUACUCAACAGUAUCUCAUCCCAUAACAAAAACAGAGACAGUGGUGGCGGAAGGCUCUGGGGAUGCAACAUCUAGGGCUACCCAGAUUUCACCAUCUUCAUUACCUACCGCGGUUCAUAUUGGUGGCACCUCUGACUCAGAAAGACCCAGUAGCACCUUGGCCAGCACUUCAGCCUCCCCUUGGGAAGAGUUCAUAGCCUCAGCUGAUGGCUCAGGAGAGCAUCUGGUCACAGCCAGCAGCUCUGUCAGCCCAGUGCUCCCCAGUGCUGUGGAAAUGUUUUCUGGUACAGAUUUCCCAUUUAUCGAUCAAGGAUUGGGAGAAGUAGGUGUCAUCUAUGAAGCUGAUAAAAGAUCCACCAUUUUACCAAUAGCAGAAACUGAAGGUACUAUAAUUCCAACAGAAAACGGGGGAGUAAAGGUCAAGGACACAAUUUCAAUGAAUGUUCCCCAAACUACGGAGCUAGUCACAUUAUGGUCAAGGCAAGAAGUCAACACUGUAAGACAAGAUACUGAAAGUGAAACAGCAUCAGAGGAAAAGAUUCAAAAAGAAAAGUCUUUUGAAUACCCCCAAAGCUCUCUUGCAUCAGAACAAACAAGUUUAGAUUCACAAACAUUUACUGAAACUGAACGUCAGACCACAGAUUAUUCUACAGUAACAACAAAGGAAACUUACAAUAUGGAUAAGGAAAUGGAGGAGGAAGGCAUUUCCAUAGUUCACAUGUCUACACCAGGUCCAAAUGCAAAGGAGACAGAAUCAUAUACUCCUCUCCCUGAAGCUACUGAAAAACAACAGGUUGUCUUAGCCGCCUUAGUGACUGAGUCUGUACCAGCUGGAAGUAUAAUCAGAGAUUCAUCAAUCAAAGAGGGAGAAAGUGAAAAACUCUUUCUAAAAACUAUGAAACCAACAAUUAAAGAGUCAUAUACUGAUCUCUUACUGUCUGGACUGGGAUCAGGAGAAGAAGUUUUCCCCACUCUACCUACCGUGUCAGUGAAUUUUACUGAAAUGGAACAAAUCAUUAACACAUUCUAUCCCCAGACUUCUCAAGUGGAAAAUUUAGAAACAAGCAUCUUAAGUGAUAAAACUAAAGAUUAUGAGAGAAUGGAAAAUGUGGCAAAUGAAGUUAGAACACUCAUUUCCAAAGCAGACAUCUCCAAAGGCAGCGAGGCAACCUCCAGCACAAAUUUAACAGAAAAUUCAAGUGACAGUGGAGCAGACGGACCCACUAAGGCAGCUCUUCCUUUCUCCACAGACACUGAAGAGGCUCCAAAUGAGACUCUCAGCCGGGCAGAAGAAAUCCAGACCGGUAGAACACAAACUGUAACCGAACAAGACUCUAACAAGAAUUCUUUCACAGCAGAAACUAAAGAAACAGCAACCUAUUCCUCUGUUUUUCCAGAUAGAACUUAUGGUCUUGAAAUGGCCACAGAAUUUGUGACCUCAGCACCAAAACCAACUGAUUUACAUCAGUUUACAACUGAUGAACAUUCUGGAGAAGGAUCUGGAGAAGUGGAUAUUGAUUCAGCUCACACUUCUGGAACUACUCAGGUAGCCAGACCAGGAAGCACCACAUUUGUUUCUGAUAGAUCGCUGGAAAAACAUCCCACUGUGCCAAGUGCUACAGCUGUUACUGCAGAUGAAGUCGCAACAGUUUCUUCAGCUCUGCCCCUUCAUCUAGAGCAGAAGGAAAGCACCCCUGCUCCAGCCAGCACACUGUCAAAUACAAUGUCAUAUGAGAGGUUCAUGGAGGCUACCAUGGGCAGUUUCCAAGACCAUUUCAGUGGACUUGAGGAGUCCACAUUAAAACCUAACAGAAGAAGAAAACCUACUGAAAACAUUAUUAUAGAUCUGGACAAAGAUGACAAAGAUUUAAUAUUGACCGUGACAGAGAGCACCAUCCUUGAAGUUCUAUCUCAGCUAACAUCAGAUAAAAACACAAUCAUCGAUAUUGACCACUCUAAACCUGUAUAUGAAGACAUCCUUGGAAUGCAAACAGACAUCGAUUCAGAAGGGCCAGCAGGACCAGCUGGCAGUAAUGAUGAAAGCACUCAGGUUCAACAGAAGUAUGAGGCAACCGUUAACUUUUCUUUUCCUGAGGAAACAUUUGAGGGCUCUGCUGAUACUCUUCUGGCCAGCUACACUCAGGCAACCCAUAAUGAACCAAUCACUUCUGAAGACAGACGCCAAUUAGAUCAUAUGGGCUUUAACUUCACAACUGGGAUCCCUGUUCCUAGCAUGGAGGCAGGAUUAGAUCUUUUACUUCCCACACCAACAUCCCUUCCCAUUCCUAGUAAGUCUGGCACAGAGAAUCCAGAGAAUAAAGAACCAAAAACGGAACCCAAAGCUUUGGAUGACAUCUUUGAAUCAAGCACUCUGUCUGACGGUCAAGCUAUUGCAGACCAAAGUGAGAUAAUAUCAACAUUAGGCCAUUUGGAAAGGACGCAGGAAGAGUAUGAAGAAAAGAAAUAUUCCCGUCCUUCUUUGCAGCCAGAAUUCUCUUCAGGAGCUGGGGAGGCGCUGAUAGAUCAUAAGCCCUAUGUAAGUAUCGGUGUGGACCACUUUGCAGCUCAGAGCUUGACAGAGGUGCCUAAUGGGAUGGAAGGAUCCAGUUCCCUGUCUUACACUAACACAACAUUAGCAGUUUCAGCAUUUGCAAAGUUGUCUUCUCAGACCCCAUCAUCUCCACUCACUGCCUACCUAGGCAGUGGAGCCUCUGAACAGACAGAGCUACCCCAGCCAAGUGCUCUGCCAGAUACAGAGGCCGGCUCAUCUCAGAUGUCCCCACAGGAUUCUUUUAAGGAAAUUUAUGAAAAUAGUGAAGAAACUUUCAAACCAUCAAGUAAAAACUCUCUAAUAACUGAGCCUCCAUCCUUAUUCCCUGACAUAAAAUUAGAACCUUCUGAAGAUGAAAGUAAACCUACAUUAUUAAAAGAAAUGGAAACUUCCCCUACAGAAUUAAUUGCUGAGGGAAGAACUGAGAUGUUCCAAGAUUUCCAAAAUAAAAUCAAUGGUCAACUUUCUGGAGAAAGAAUCAUGGUAUUUCCCAGUGUUAACACACCUGGAGCUGUACCUGUCACUACGGCGGCCAGCGAACUUAGGUUAGAAGGUGUUACCCAGUGGCCACAUACUACUUCUGCACCUCCUGCUGAUGGGGCUGAGGCAGCCGUGUUGCCUCACCCCAGCCUACAGGCUUCUGAAGAGCUUGCCAUUCCUUCUUCUCUGGAUAUAAGCCCUGACACACAAACAGCUUUAAUCAGAUUGGAGGAUCCCAUAGCAGCAGCAACAGAACAGCAGGUAUCAGCCAGAAUUCUUGAUUCCAAUAAUCAGGCAACAGUAGGCACGGUGGAAUUAAAUACCGAGCUUUCAACACCACCAUUUUCCCUUCUGGAAACUUCUAAUGAAACUCAUUUCCUGAUUGGCAUGAAUGAAGAUUCAAUGGAAGGCACAGCAAUCUAUUUACCAGGAACUGAUCAUUGCAAAACGAACCCGUGCCUAAAUGGAGGCACCUGUUACCCUACUGAAACUGCCUAUGUGUGCACCUGUGUCCCAGGAUACAGUGGAGACCAGUGUGAACUUGAUUUUGAUGAAUGUCACUCCAACCCCUGUCGGAAUGGAGCCACGUGCAUUGAUGGCUUUAACACGUUCAGAUGCCUCUGCCUUCCAAGCUACAUUGGUGCACUUUGUGAACAAGACACUGAGACCUGUGACUAUGGCUGGCACAAAUUCCAAGGGCAGUGCUACAAAUACUUUGCCCACCGACGCACGUGGGAUGCAGCUGAACGGGAAUGCCGUCUGCAGGGCGCCCAUCUCACAAGCAUCCUGUCCCACGAAGAACAGAUGUUUGUGAAUCGCGUGGGUCAUGAUUAUCAGUGGAUAGGCCUCAAUGACAAGAUGUUUGAGCAUGACUUUCGUUGGACUGAUGGCAGCACACUGCAAUAUGAGAACUGGCGGCCCAACCAGCCAGACAGCUUCUUUUCUGCUGGAGAAGAUUGUGUUGUAAUUAUUUGGCAUGAGAAUGGCCAGUGGAAUGAUGUUCCCUGCAAUUACCAUCUCACCUAUACUUGCAAGAAAGGAACAGUUGCUUGUGGCCAGCCCCCUGUUGUAGAAAAUGCCAAGACCUUUGGAAAGAUGAAACCUCGUUAUGAAAUCAACUCCCUGAUUAGAUAUCACUGCAAAGAUGGUUUCAUUCAACGCCACCUUCCAACCAUCCGGUGCCUAGGAAAUGGAAGAUGGGCUGUGCCUAAAAUUACCUGCAUGAACCCAUCUGCAUACCAAAGGACUUAUUCUAAGAAAUACUUUAAAAAUUCCUCAUCAGCAAAGGACAGUGAAACAAACACAUCAAAACAUGAACAUCGUUGGAGCCGGAGAUGGCAGGAGUCCAGGCGCUGAUCCCUAAAAUGGCGAACGUGUGUGUUCAUCAUUUCAGCCAAAGUCCUAACUCCCUGUGCCUUUCCUACCACCUCGAGAAGUAUUAUCAAUUGGUUUGGAUUUUUGGAUCACCGUCCAGUCACUUUGGGUUGCGGUGCUCCCAAAACGAAAGUAUUGGUACUCAAAAUGAAAGUAUUGGUACUCAAAAAGAAAGCAAGCAAAAUGAAAGAAAAUAAGGGCAGAAAGCAACCAUUUCCAGCCUAUCUAAUUCUUUUUUUAGUUUUCUACUUGCCACUGGUGCAGACCAUUUCAUAAUGUAUACCAGCCUACUGUACUAUUUAAAACUCUCAAUUUCAGCACCCUGGCCAUGUAAAUAAGAUGAUUUAAUGUUGAUUUAAUCCUGUAUAUAAAAUAAAAAGUCACAAUGAGUUCGGGCAUAUUUAAUGAUGAUUAUGGAGCCUUAGAGGUCUUUAAUCAUUGGUUUGGCUGCUUUUAUGUAGUUUGUUUAGGCUGGAAAUGGUUCACUUGCCCUUUAGUUGUCAGCAAGACUGAGGAUGGCUUUUCCUGGACAGCUAGCAAACACAGAAUCCUGUAGGUCAUUGCACCUGCCUCAGCUGCAGGUGCCAUUUGCUGCCAUGCGAUGCUGAAGCUGGCCUAACGGUAUCCUGAUGGGACUAGGGACUCCGAUGCGGAACUCUUCUUUGCUGCAUUUCUUUUUCUUCACUUACAAGAAAGGCCUGAAUGGAGGACUUUUCUACAACCAGGAGCAUUUCUUUAGGGGUCAAAGUGCUAAUUAUUAACUCAACCAGGUAUACUUUUUAAUGGCUUUCAUAACACUAACUCAUAAAGUUACAGAUCAACACAUUUCCAAUGGAUAUAGACCUAGGGCUCUAGAGGGUGGGGGAUUGUUAAAACAACACACAUGCAAAAAAAAGAAAUUUUGUAUAUAUAACCAUUUUAAUCUUUUAUAAAGUUUUGAAUGUUCAUGUAUGAAUGCUGCAGCUGUGAAGCAUACAUAAAUAAAUGAAGUAAGCCAUA